CCCGUUGUCGCCAACAUCAAUAACGUCAGGACUUCGAUCAACAUUUGACGAUAGCGGUAUGAGGAAAAAAUUGAAAGUAUCAGUGCCGGUACCGGAUGUUCAUGAAGAAAUGAGUAAAGAUAAACAAUGGCUAGACGAAAGUUUAAAACUCGACCUCAUCAAAAAUAUUAAAUAUGAAGAAAUUGAAAACGAAGAGAAGCUUUCAGAAGGCAGUUUUGGAAUUGUGACUACUGCCUAUUGGAAAGAUCUACGUGAAACAGUUGCUUGCAAAAGACUAAAAUUGGAACAUGAAGAUGAAAAUCAAUUUUGGAAGUCAUUUGUUAACGAG